CCUGAAAACAAUACCCUUCACAGCGGCACAUACCCAUAUAGCUUGUAUAUGGGAGUACCCCCUCCCCCCCAGGCCACCCACUAACUUUUGUUGCUGACUGGUGUUAUGGUACUUUUUGAUAGCACAUUCAUGUAGUUGUGGGGUGCUUUUUUCUGUUGACGUUCUGUGGUUUCUGAACAAGUUGAUGCUUUGGAAAACAGCUGAAAGCCCUCAGCUUUAGGGCAGUUUUCAACAGAGCAAUACAACUUAUUAGAUUUGAGUAUGGCUAGGAUAAAAAAUCCUCGCCAUUGUGGAGAGGUGGCCUGAAUAUAAAGCAAUGGGAGUUAAAUUAAUGGGCAUUCAAUAAUUGUCUUUAAUCUCUAACAAACAUAUUAUUCUCAUGGUGAAUGACAAAUUAUUAUUUUCUUCCCCAGUCAAACUGGAGGGCUAAACAUGAAGAGUUUAUCUCUAAUCUCAGGGCGGCAAGGGGUGUGACGGCAGCUCAGAAAACAGGUGGUCCUCUCCCACCCCCUCCUCCACCUGCCGCCAAUCCAGAUUAUGUACAGUGUCCUCAUUGCAGUCGGCGAUUCAAUGAACAUGCAGCAGAGAGACACAUACCCUUUUGUAAAGAACAAAAGAGUCGCCUUGCAAAUGCAUCAUCAGCAAAAUCAGAAAGUCUGGCAAAGCGAAAACAGCAGUAUAAACCACCUCUUCCUGGAAAGAAAAGUUCCACAGGAUCUGCGACACCCACAUCAUCAGCAACAAGAGCCAGGCAAGCUUCUUUGAAAGCAACAGCAGAACUGGACUAUUCAUCACCUGGUCAAGGUUACAGCAGACAGCCACUUGCAUCUCCAAGCUCAAGAAGAAAACAGGUGCCUCAUGCAAGCCCUGGGUCAACACGGAAAAUACAUGCCUCACCUUCCCAGCAGAGAAAUCGAGAAGUGAAUGGAACUACAGCAAAAUUUUCAGGUAGAGCAAGAAGCAAUGAAAAGCUGACAUCAAAUUUCUUUGAUUCGGAUGAGGAAGCUUCACCUAAUACACAAACAAGAGAAGCCCGAUAUGGUCGCCGAUCCAGCCAAUCAAAUGGAAAUACAGAUAUCCCUGGGGGUAGAGGAGGGUCAGGAUCAAGGUACUCACGCCCUUCAUCAGACUACUCAGAUGUGUCUGACAGAAUCUCAUCAUCAUCAUCAUCAGGCCGUAAAAACAGACAUAUUGCAGUGCGAGACCCAAGCCCGACGCUGUUUGAUGAUUUUGGUAUGGACAGUCACAGCCCUUCACCUACACUGACGAAUACUCAUAUCAUUGCCAGACAUAUUGCAGUGCGAGACCCAAGCCCGACGCUGUUUGAUGAUUUUGGUAUGGACAGUCACAGCCCUUCACCUACACUUGACCACACACCAGUCUCCUCAAGAGGGAGAACACACAAGACCGCUGCUCAAUUUGGUUCUGGUCGUCAAAGAGAAGGCAGUGCAGGAAAAAAGCUGUCAAAAUUCUGUCACGAGUGUGGUACUAAAUACCCUGUGGAAAAUGCCAAGUUUUGCUGUGAAUGUGGAAUGAAGAGACUUUAUGUUGAGCUUACAUAGAGCAUCAAUCAGUGUUCAUCUCAAAAUUGACACCACAGGGUUCCCAAAAUUAGAGCUUUUACACAAGUGACAAAAUAGACACCACAAGUUGUACAAUUAUUGCCUCUCAGUGAAAUGUUGAGAAGAGUUUUAGUCUGCUAAUCAGAAGAGACUUCUUCUUUCAGAAGAUACUCCUCCCUCCCUCCCUCCCAAUCCUCUCCUCUCUACAAAGUUUCAGUUGGACAGAAGUUGAAAUAAAAAUUGUUUGGCUCCAGAAAAUAGCCAUACAACUCCAUGGAAGGUCAUUAAAAGUCCCCAAUUCUUGUUCGUAUCUUUGAAACUAAAUUGGAAUUUCUGGAUGGGUUAGGGGUGGAGUCCAACCAAACCAAAAUCUUCAAUGGGGUUACAAAAUUUUCUGGAACAACACUAAAAUGAGAUAUUUGAAUGAUUUACUGUAAGUUUCUCUUGGCUUGCAGCCUGGAAACUCUCAUUGUAGUUAACUGACCUAGUGGCAUUAUUUAUUAAAAGUUGUAAACUAGGUUUUAGAUGCAGCCAUGGAAGAACAUCUUUCUGUUUGACAAUAUUUUUAUUCUCGGUAUUGGACUGGAACUAGCUUGCAAUGGAGGCUUGUGCGGGGAAAUAUCAUUAAAU